UACACAUUGAGUUUUUGCAUCACACAAAACACAUAUACACAUAUAUGUUUUAGGAUGACGCAUUGUCAAAUUAGGUAAAUCCAUGUAUGAAUGAACUUAACGAUCAUAUGCAUUUAACUGGACAUCAAAAGGCGCUUGUUCAUGCUUUGGAUAAUGUUCUGCGAACAUACCCUUCGGAGAUUCGAUAUAAUGAAAUUUGUACUAUCACAAGAAAACUUGAGAAUGAUUUAUUGAAAACUUUUAAAGAAACUCCUGGAAUGGUUUAUCGUUUAGAUGCUAUUGCUUGGACUCAUUGUCAUUAUAAAGUAACGCAGCAUUUCAAGAAGGUUUUGAAAUUGAUCAACAACAAGCAUGUGGUUGAAAGAAAACUGUUAAAGAAGCAGUUGAAAAAAUUUCUCAGCUCUUGUACUGUAUUCUACGAAGUAUGUAUAACCGAAGUAACUAUUCAUUCUUCUAUCUUCCAAUAUAAACCAUUUCUUCAGGAUUGGAUAUUAAAACAUACAGGCAUUGCAUUAUCCUGCAGCAGUCAAACUCACUUAAGUCCGGCUUCGUUUUCUAAAAGCUACACGGAGGCUCUAGAGUGCAUAUAUCAAUGCUUUAUUUAUUUGGGUGAUGUUGCUAGAUACUUUGCGAUUCUUUUAAACAGACCUGCUACUUACGAGAGAGCUCUGAAGUACUAUCACCUAGCUCAUCAAACGUUCCCUGGAAAUGGAAUGCAUUGUAACCAGAUGGCGGUUAUUUGGGCUGUUAAAGGACACACCAUUAUGUCCGUUUAUUGGUUCUCGAUUGCUCUUGCAUCAGAGAUACCUCCGAAAACAGCCUUAUUAAAUUUGAUGGGCCAGUUGGAGUUAUUCUAUAAAAGAGCUUAUGAAACCGGCUUUCAUUUUUCUUCUGAAACAUUAAAUUUACUCGUUGUCUUUAGUGAUCUUCUUCUAAGACAGUCUAAAAAGUUAGAGUCAUUCCGUUCCAGUCGUCCAAUGUUGAAAAGCUUAAUCUCUCAUUUUUUUAAUUCUGACAUUUCCUGUUCCGAAAGCUUGAACGGGCUCGAGCUAUAUUCUCUUUCUUCAUUUAUUUGCAACCUGCGAAGUCGUUCAAUUUUUCGGUCUAAUGAGUCUCUACAUAAAGUUUUUAUUCACUACAUUACUUGGCUGAUCAAUCAAACUACCUCUUGCAAUGGAAGAAUUGCUGAAAAUAAAACUCCAUUAUCAAGGGCUAAUAUUUUCCUACCUAGUUUGAAAAUCCUACUUAUUCACAUCUUAGAGCACUUGCCUUCUUGUAAUUUUAUUGACCAACGACAGCUUAAAAAACUAUCGUUGUCUCUUCUUGCAAUACAACCUCUUUUUCCCGCAUUUAAUGAACCUUUGGAAAAGACGAAACUAACUUUGUUUGAAGAUUACAAUGAGAUGGGACUGCAUCCAUCAUUAGCAACCGUGACCAAAACAAACUAUGGAGACAUUAACUUACCUCUAUUUUCAAGCGAUAAAAUACAAAGUCAAGCUCAUCCACUCUUGGAAGCAAAAGCUCGCUUACAGCAAAUAUUAAUAAUGAUAGAGCUUCUUCUCUCUUAAUGUCUUUGGUUGAAAUCAAUAAUAUCAUCAGUGAAUAUUUCAUUAGUGCA